AUGCCUCUCCCACUUUUGUGCUUCCCAUACCUCGUGUUGAAAAAUAUUCUUCUGCAGAUGAGUCCACAUGACAUGGUCGCAUUAUCAUUUUGCUCAAAGAAAGCAUCAGGCUAUGUCAAAAGUGCAAUAAGACGACAAUACUCGUUGUCAAUAGAGUUUGAUAGCGAUAAUGAAUUCGAUAUAACCAUUUACCGCAACGCGUGUCCAGAAAACAGUCUUUGUCGCUGGUCGAAUAACGUUCUGUUUGAUGGAUUUGAAAUUGCAAACCAAUUGAUGGAUUUGUGCUCUAUCCAAAGUAUUGGUAGACUGAGUCUUAAUCUUGAAAAACAAGAAGAAGUUGAAUACGUUACCAAAUGGUUAUCCAACAUAUUCGUUGAGAAAUGUUCAAUCUCUUUGAAGAAUCCUGUCAAAAGUUUCAGUGUGACUCGAUUUUUGGUGAGUGUUCAAGUCUCAAAAGCAUUAUCUGUAGACUUGGACACUCUAGACGAGUUGGUUUAUGAGAGGGUGUUUGAUUUGGAUGAAAUCAUCAUACCAGGAACAUUGAGGAAUUUACUGGAUAUGAAUUGUGCCAACAUACAUCUGUAUGGGGUAAUCUCCAAUGAAGAUAUGAAUCAGUUCUUGAGAAGAUGGUAUGAUGGUUGCUUUGACAAAUUACGUAGAAUAGAGUUUUACGUCAGUCUACGAUGGCAAAAACUUUUGGCUGGUAUGUCAGUGUAUGAAGAUUGCGAGUGUAAGAUUCCCAUAAAACCACUAUACCGAAUGAAGACCAUCUACAUUGAAAACCGCAAUGGGGUCAAAGCAAGUAUUGAAAGAAUAAAACAAGUGGAGGACAUGUACAUGUGUAUGACAAUCAGAUGA